GUGAUUAGGUGGCAGAGGAAUAGACUCCAUCUCGAGCUCGAGAAGGGAUGGCGUCUUCUCGAGGAAGCGCGUGACGGUCUGGUCGAGGGGGAACGCGCAGGUGAAUUGGGUGAGGGAGGGGUAGGAUACCGGAUUAGUCAAGGAGGGAAGGACCCAGCUGAGGCUGGAGUCGAUGAGGAGGUUGAGUGUUGUCAACUCGGACAUAUUAGAGAUUGCUCUGGAGAGGAGACGGUAGAAAGCGGUGGAGACAUGUGCGCGGGCAUCGACGGAGAUGUAGAAGGUCCUGACAUAUUGUGCGAUGUGUUUAUUUGAAGCGAGAGUAUGUACGACGGCGAGGUUAUGUAGCCAGGGAGAGACGGAGAGAUGUCGGUAAAGGACGCGCUGGGCGACUGUGCAAAGGACAGAGGAUGCCUGAGCGGUGGCGGCGAGGGAAGCGGUGUCGAGGUCCUGGACGACGUUGUCGAUGAGCUCGACGGGGAGACUAGAGAGGGACAUGGCGAUGGAGGACGGAAAAAAGGGAGGGCUCCGUUUCCAAGGCGGACACACAAUUGUGGACAGCUGAGCUCUGUCAACGCGGGAAGUCGCGUCGUUCUCGCAGGAUGGCUCCUCCCUGAACGCAAAGUUUCAAAAACGCUCUCGUUCUUUCCGAUUAAGGACUCGUACGGCACCACUCAGCUCGUCGUCCAAAGGAAUCCACAAGAGGACGACCCGCUUCGCGCCCUCUCUGAUGUCCCAGUAGAGUCAGCUGUACUCAUACAGGGCCAUGUGCGCCUCCGCCCCAACAGCGCACGGCGCGCCGAAUCAACAGGCGAUAUCGAGGUUCAGGUCGACGGUUUCAAAUUGCUCAAUGCAGCCGACCGCGAGAUACCUUUUGUUCCUUCUGACAACCAAACGCUGGUAAACGAAGAUCUAAGGGCCCGAUACAGAUACCUUGACCUCCGCAGGUCUGCUUUGUCCUACAACAUCCGCAAGAGAGGCCAAGUUGCGCACCUCAUACGCAAUGCGCUGCACGACCAGGGCUUCGUCGAAGUCGAGACUCCGAUGCUACUGAAAUCUUCGCCUGAAGGGGCACGCGAGUUUCUGGUGCCUACGCGUGUUGGCCAGUCCGCUUCAGCCGGUGAUACACCUGCAGAGCCUCUGUUCUACGCAUUGCCACAAUCUCCGCAGCAGCCCAAGCAGCUUCUCAUAUGUUCAGGAGGCAUCGAUAGGUACUACCAAAUCGCCAAAUGCUUCCGUGAUGAGGAUGGGCGCAAAGACAGACAGCCAGAGUUUACUCAGGUUGAUCUCGAAAUGGCGUUUGUCUCUUGGGGACCGGGUGACACUCCCAAGGACAACUGGAGGAUCGGCGGCGUCGAAGUACGCGAAGUAAUUGAAUCUAUCAUGAGACAGAUUUGGGGAACAGCCGAAGGAACUGAACUGCCUUGCGCGUUUCCUGUCAUGACAUACAAAGAAGCAAUGACACGUUAUGGCUCGGAUAAACCGGACACACGAUUUGAUCUGGAGAUCGUAGAUCUCGUUGCACUUCUUUCUCCAGAACGACGGGCGUCCAUUGCGAAGGACGUCGGCGAAACCCUUGAAGUCUUCUCAGUCAACCACGCCAACACAGCCUUCUCUCGAGCGAGUGCAUCAUGUCAAUACAGGGACGAGGCUGCUGUGGAACGCAUUGGAAUCACAAAGGAAAACCAAUACAAUUGGUUAUCGACUUCUGGUCUGACGCCAGGUGCCCCAUCGCUCGCUGAGAACGAUUACGUCGCGCUCAACAAGGCACUGAAUGUACACCCCGGUGACACUAUCUGGCUAUCCCGGCGAGCCUCGCCCCUCGAGGGCGGAUCCACUCCAUUGGGUCGGAUCAGGACACGCAUAGCGGAAUCGGCGCAAGCGCUAGGUGACUGGACACCCCCUGCAAAUCCGCACUUCCUCUGGGUGACAGAGUUCCCGCUGUUCACAAAAGCAGAUACGGACAAGGACUUCCUCGCGCAAGGGCGUUGGAGCAGUACGCACCAUCCGUUCACGGCACCAAUGUGGGAAGAUAUUGAAAAGAUGUACGCCGGCAGAGUAGACGAGGUCCGCGGCCAACAUUACGACCUCGUCCUGAAUGGUGUGGAGGUCGGCGGGGGAUCAGUACGAGUGCACGAUCCUGCUAUGCAGGACUUCAUUUUCUCCGAGAUCUUACGCCUUAGCGCAUCGGAAAAAGCGACAUUCGGUCAUCUCUUGGAUGCACUUAGAUUCGGCGCACCUCCGCAUGGUGGUAUCGCAAUUGGUUUUGACCGCCUCAUGUCAAUCCUCUGCAAGACUCCAUCCAUCAGAGAUGUCAUCGCGUUCCCAAAGAGCGGAGCGGGCACAGAUCUGCUCUUCAAGAGUCCAGCGGCAAUCACUCCGAGCAUAUUGCGCCAAUAUGGUAUCAAGCCUUCAUGAUUGCGUAUGGAAGCUGGUAAUGACCUGGAAGACGUACGUACAGUUGGACCUAGGGUCCUUAGAGGAUAUAGCAAUAGGAAUAACACGGAAAUAUAGAUGUCCAUAUACACUACUAGUCCAUAGUAAUAUACACUCAACUCUCCUGUGCUGCUAGCUCUCGCUUGGGGUUAGUAUCUGGCGGUGAAGGUGAUAUGAGCUUGGAGUUGCGGGGUGUGCUAUCCGAGGCUGCCGGCGCAUAUGGCGACUCUCCAUAGGCGGAGAGUCGGGCCCAGUUCAUAUCCGCUUCAUACGAAAUUCCGUUCACUCCAAUCCCUGUCAUGUUUGGUGGGGCGUCGACGUCACUCUCAGCGUCGGAUGCGGUGUGGUCAUGGAAUACGUGGCCCACAGGCGGGUGUGUUGUUCGCCGCCUCGCACGAGCGGUCCCAGAUGAAGACGGCGAGGAGGCACGGGGUGGAGUAGCUGUUGUUGGCGAGGACGCGUCGGCCCACUCGGACGAAGCGGAUUCGGAAAAGAGCCCACCGCCGUUGGGCACCCACGGUGGACUCACGAGACCGGGCGAACUGUCGACGCUUCGCGGUCCUGGUGGUGUGACGGUGUGUGGAGAUGGCGAGGUGGAGGGCGUGUUGGCAAUAACGGCCAACGGUGGUAGGAUAGUGAAUAUCUGGUCUUCAGCCUGUGGCGGGCCGUAUGAAUCGAACGGGUCAGGCACGGACUGUAACAUGGGCUCGAGGAUAGGGUCGGAUGCUUUGGCCGAAACCCUGUCAAUAACUUCCAUCGUAGACCGCACAACUAUGCAGGUCUUGCCUUGGACCGCAUCCCAUACUUCCUCCUCGUGUUCCAGAAUAUCCUGGUAGUGUGCUGCUUUUAGGUGGUCGAGGUCGUCCACCUGGCGUUGUAGUAUGGCAAGAGUCUCGCGGAAGCUUUGUAGAUUUCGUUGCUUCUUGUUCAGAUUGGUCAUUUCUGUGCGUCGAAUUGCUUCACUCUUCUCCCUCAAAACCUUCUCGUAAGAACUCGAUCGUUCGUGGACGGCGUUUCGGUAGGUUUCCAAAUGCUGGACAAGAGGUUUCUCAAACGUCUUAUCAAUCGUUUCUGCCAGAACAUGCCAAUGGUUCCCCAUGAGGUGGUGCAAUCCAGAUGCUGCUUGUAGUCGAGUUCCUGCCUCGUACGAGGGUCCCUUCAGCCCGGAACACCUCUGCAUGGCGUCUGCGAAUGCUGCGGUAGCAUUUGAUAGCUGUAUGAGCGCAGCCCGAUAACCUGCACUCGUGGACAUGAGAUCUUCAAAUGCCUGAAUGCUGGAUUUGAGGUUGGCACGAGUUAUGAUCUUCUCUGGACCGCCUGAGCCGAAGUUCAUGGCAGAUGCGUGCGUUGCGUCCGAGAAUGUUGGAGAAGGGGGCCCUGGAGAUGUUGGACGCUUUGGAGAUAUCGCAAAGUUGCGUAACGAACGUGGCUUGCGGGGCAUGCUGGAAAGGUGAGGUGAGGUGUUCGAU